AUGACUUGGACGUUAUCGGUCGUCGAGGCGCGCACCAAAGCUUUAGAAAUGUCUGCUCAGAGCUCCACCGGAAUUCAGACCCUUCUCGAGGCCGAGAAGGAGGCUCAGGCUAUUGUCGCCAAGGCCCGUGCUUACCGUACCCAGAAGCUGAAGGAUGCCCGUACCGAGGCUACCAAGGAGAUUGAGGCCUACAAGGCGUCCAAGGAGGCCGAGUUCAAGGCCUUCGAGGCUGAGCACUCGAGCUCGAACACCAAGGCCGAGGAGGAGGCCAACGCCGGCGUCCAGCAGGAGCUUAUCGACAUCAAGGAGUUGGCCGCGAAGACCAAGGACAAGGUCAUUGCCGACUUGAUCGACGCUGUCACCAAGCCUAGCCCGUCGCUCCACAUCAACGCUCAGUAAAUAGUCUUGUGGUUUUGUUGUGUUGGUUCAUUGUAUUUAAUUAAUCUAUUUUCUUUAACUUGUUUUGUGCUCUGCUUCCUUGCCCUGCUGUUGCAGUAUCUUAAGGAGGUUGGACUGCUUCAGGUUGACAGUGUGUAUGGUCUUGACUGUAAAACUUGCGUCUGACAGUUCAAUGUUUUGCACAAACUUGUCAAAGCUGGACCAUGACAUAAAGUAGUAAGGGAUAGAC